AUGUCUUCCGCGGAAACCACACAGGGGGGAUCCUCACAAGAUACUCCCUACCACGAGAAGCUAAAGAAUAUAGGAGAAAUCACUCCCCUUAGCGCACCAUUGAUAUCUUGGGGUGGACAGCGCGGCAGGUCGCCCAGAGAAUAUCUGGAAAACUACAAAACCUCCUAUGAACUCCCCUACGGGUACAAAGUCGCAACAUGGCGCCAAAUAUUCUUCUGUGAUGGAGAGUGGAAGCUGCCUUCCUUUCGGACGCAGCCCGAGAUCAAGCCCCUUAGGCCGGACGCGCCAACUAUAGUGCUCCUCUUCUACCCGCGACCUGAUGAACAGGAUGCGAGACCAGUCCAUAGGUCCGAAUCAUACCUUCGACGGAUCGAGAGAAUCGCCAAUAUGGGAGAGCAAACUAUCAUCUACGUCCCGCCGGAGCUGAAAGCUGCCGUCAAAGCCAUGCGCGACGAUCCGCAUUGGUACGUCAUCAACGAGUACCCGACCAUCUGGGACAUGCCCAACAACGCCUACCAGAAGGACAACUUCGCGACCAGGCAGCCGGCGCUCUUCGCGCAGUUCGACGGGUACACGGAGGCGGACGGGGACCUGAGGCCCGAGCCGCGGUACAACCGCGCGCACCACAGCGCCGUGUGCAACGCGAAGGCGUUCAUCAUGUACGACGCCAUCAUGCGCAAUCCCUUCGGCACCGACUACUGGAUGUACGUCGACGCCGGAUUCCUGUUCGACGACGGCCCGAAGGACGAAGAGGGCACCCCCUGGGGCGAGCUCUUCCGCGCGGGCCUCGACACCGGCAAGUUCGAGCGGGCCGUCAGCGUGGCGCGCGACGCGGGCGUCGUCAUGGGCGAGUACUCGCACCGGCACGGGUGUCCGGACGCCGAGGACGAGUGCUUUGUCAACCCGCGCCGGUCGUGGCGCGCGCGGCAGUUCAUCGCCCAGGUGUACGUGGGCAACUCGCUGGGGAUGCUGAACUAUAGCGUGCGGUUCAUGCAGACGGUCGACGACAUGGACGCCAACGGGUUCUACACGGGGCGCGAGGAGCUCGUGGUGCCGUUCGUCGCGCUCCGGUACCCCAACUCCGUCUUCUCCGUGCCUUACUUCCGCCUCCCGCCCCGCCUCGACUACCCCUGGCAGUUCCCGAUGAAGUUCGUCUUCUCCGCCGUCGGCGGCCCCGAGUCGGUCCCGCCCAUCGUCGAUCCCAUCGCCACCCUGUACUGCAAGGGGAAGGGGUAUAUCCCCAGACGCCCGAACCUGCGCGCCGGGGGGAUUUAUGAGGGUGCUGAGGAAAACAAGGAGGAGCAGGAGAGUGAUGCGACGCGGCGGAUUCGAUCGCCUAGUAUGACCUUGCGAACCGACUCGUUAGCAUUGUAG